AUGUCUCUUUUUCUCUUUUUGUCUUUCCCCACUUCUCUCCUUCUUUUCCGCGCGUACAGUUUGCCUUUCUGGGUGAGCAGCAGCACUUUAGCUGCUGCUCCCCACGACGCAGCUCAAGCUGCUGCUGCUGCUGCGUUUGCCCAGAGACCAACAGCAGCACGGGAGUUGCUGCGGCAAGUAGCACAGGGCAUUGGAGAGGGCCUCCAGCAGCAGCAGCAGCAGCAGCAGCUGCAGCUGCAGCAGCAGCAGCUGCAGGGACCUGGGGAUGAGCAGCUGUGCGGCUUCGAGGCCUCUCUUGCGCUGCUCAACGUCUCUGCUGCAGUCUACAACAGCAUGCAGCAGCAGCUGCACUGCUGGAGGCUGCUGCAGCUGCGACAGCGGGCAGCAGCAGCAGCAGCAGCAGCAG